AUGGCCGACUCAUAUCGCCCUGGGCGCGACCGCCCACCACCGCUCGCUGACCGCAUGACGUUCACGGGUGGAGAUGGCGAUAGUUAUCGACCCGGCGGCGAGCGCAACGGCAAUCGCUCGCAAUUCACCUUCGAGUCUGGCCACCCCGCGCCCCGCUUCCCACCCUCUGGCCCCGCCAACCCGCGAGGCCCUUCUGGUUCUGCGGCGUCGAGAAGACGCGGUCGUGGCGGGGCAUCGCGAGGCCAGUCUCGUACCGACGGCAGGAACAAUGCAAACGGCAAUCGUAGAGGUGGCUUCAAGAAGGCUGCACCUCACGAGCGUGCUCUGCUUCAGCACCGCGAGAACGGCAGUCCUGAGCGUGCACUGGGCGUCGCAGCUGAUUCCAACCGCUUUCAAAAUCCCGACGACCUGUCAGAUGAUGAUGAAGCCGACAUGGAAGUAGAAAGCGACGAUUCCUCCAAUAGCCAGCAGGACGGCGACGCGUCACAGAGUAAGCCAAAGGCUGCUCGGACCCAGGUCAAGCGUGCUGAUGGCAACUCUGUCCCUAAAUGGUCUAACCCGGAUCCCUAUACCGCAUUGCCACCACCGGAUGAGACUACGGGGAAAAGGGUUGACUUUGUGAAGUUGAUCCGGAAAGCAAAGAACCAAGAGGCGGAGAAAGCUGCAGGGCACAAUUCUGUCGUUGCCAAUGAUGAUUUCAUUUCGUUUGCUGACGACGAUGAUGACGCUCAGAAACCCACACAAGGCUCAUUGAACGAGUUUGCACACAUUGACAGCAUUGUCAGUAGACAAGAAGCAGCUGUAGCGGAACAUCGGGCACCUCGUGGCCCCAGGGCCAACAACAAGCGUAAAGCCACGGUAGGCGGUGUAGUUAGUGAGUGGUUGCCCACUCGCAAUCGCGAUCCAACACCUUGGCUUCCUUCACCUGAUGCUUAUGCGCAUCUUGCUCGCGAACCAGAGAAGUGGCUUCACAAUGAAAUACUGGACUUUUACGGUUUCGUUGCUCCCAAGCCAUUCGAACACGAACAGCGCAACAGACUUGUCAACCGAGUCAACAAUGCGCUGGGCCAACGCAGAUUUCCUCAACAAAAUGGCCGUGUGCUAUGUUUCGGCUCUUUCCCUGCAGGUCUGUAUUUACCUACAGCUGACAUGGACCUGGUCUAUGUUUCCGAUCAGUACUACAACGGCGGGCCUCCUGUUGUCGAUAUGUCUCAAAGAGGCGCCAACAAGAGCCUGCUUUACAAAGCAUCCAACAGGCUCAAAAGCAUGGGAAUGGACGCGGAUGGAUGUCAAGUCAUCCAUGCCAAGGUUCCCAUCAUCAAGUUUCAAGAUAGGCUUACCCAGCUUCAGGUUGAUAUUUCCUUUGAAAACUUGAGCGGGGUUCAAGCUCAAGCCACAUUUGCGCAGUGGAAGCAGGAGUACCCUGACAUGAUAUACAUGGUAGCACUUUUGAAGCAAUUCCUCGUGAUGCAUGGACUGAACGAAGUGCAUACGGGCGGUAUUGGAGGUUUUAGCAUCAUAUGUCUGAUUGUUAGCUACAUUCAGCAUUCUGACAAGCAUGAAAACCUCGGCGAAUGCUUCUUGGGGUUCCUCAGGUAUUAUGGCGAUUUCGACUUGUCUAGGAAACGCAUCCAGAUGUAUCCGCCAGCUAUUAUCGAAAAGACGGCCCAUGGAAUCGAUGGUCGCCCGGAAAGGUACGACGGUCUUUCUAUCCAAGAUCCGAAUCGUCCAGAAAACAACAUUUCUGGUGGAUCUCACAGGGUUCAGGAUGCCUUUGAUGCCUUCAAAGAAGCCUACCACACACUUGAGGACCGAAUGAAAGCUGCUCGCGCAGGCCAAGAUAUCGGGCCUAGUAUCCUCGAGUGUGUCCUGGGCGGCAAUUAUGAGACUUACAUCAAGCAGAGAACGCAUUUGAAGACAUUGAAGUGA